AUGUCAGCAUUAUCAUCAAAUACAAAAUAUUAUAAAGAAUCUUAUAAUCUAUUUCAACAAUGUUCAUCAAAUGAAGAUCGUUCUAAUUUAUCAAAUAAAGUAUUUGAAGAAUUAUUAUCAACAACUACAGAUACAAUUAAAAUAAUAAAAACAUGUUCACGUGAAUUAGAAAAUUUUUUACCAUAUAUUACAUCAUAUUCAUUAUUAUUAAUAUUAUUUCAACGUUUAACAACAGAAAAUAUUGAUGAUAUUAUACGUGAUCGUUCAGCAUGUUUUAUAUUAGAAAAACUUUUUAUUUAUUUACCAAAUAUAUUAUCUAUUGAUAAUGAACAAAUUCUUUUAGGAUAUAAUCAUUUAUUUGAAUGUAUAUGUGAAAAUUUUAAUGAUUAUAUACAAGAAACUGGUACAAGUCAUAUAAUUGCAUCAACAAUAUCAUUUCUUCAUCCAUUAAUACCAUCUAAGGAUAAUAAUAAUAAUGAAUAUGAAGAAUUAAUUGAUGGUGGUGAAAAUGAAAAAAAAUAUAUUGAAUUAUCAUUAGAAUGGAAUAUAAAAGAAAAAUUAAAAAAAUUAGGAAAAUUAAUUAAUAAAACAAAUAAUUAUAAUGAAUUUGUUUAUUCAAUAUUACUUCGUACAUGUGGUUAUUUAUAUAAUGAAUAUUAUCAUAAAUUAUUAAAUAGAAUAUAUAAAAAAUAUUAUAAAAAUUUAAAUAUUGAAUAUUUAUUAGAUAAACAUUCAUCAUAUAUAUUUGAAGUUAUAUUAGAAUUUUCAUCAAAACAACGUGAUGAAAAUCUUUAUAUAAUAUUUAUAAAUAAUAUUGAUAAAUUUUAUUUACAUUCAAUUGGAAAUUUUUUUUUUAAACAUUUAUUAUUAACAUUAAAUAAUAAAGAAUUACUUGAAAAUAUUUAUCAAUUAAUGAUUAAUAAACAAAGAUUUGAAAAUUUUAUUCAAAAAAGUCAUAUACAUUUAUUAAUUACAUUUAUACGUAUAUGUGAAAGAUUUCAUUGUCAUUAUGAAGAAUUUAUUCAACAUUUAAAUAAAUUUAUUAAUAAUAAUCAAAAUAAUAUUAAUAAUUUUAUUCCUUGUUUAUUAAAAUUACGAGCAGAAAAUUCUGAAAAUCAAUUAAUAACAAAAGAAGGUUCACUUAUUGUUCAAGCACUUCUUCGUGCUAAAAAAAUUGAUAAAUUAACAUAUCAAUCAUUUAUUUCUUUAACUGGUGAACAAAUAUCAACAAUAGCAUGUCAUCCAAAUGGUUCAUAUUUACUUUGUCAAUUAAUACUUAAAUCAAAUUUAUGGCCUUUAAUUCGAGAAAAAAAUUUCUAUAAUAAACUUGAUAAAUUUUAUACAAAAAUGUCUUGUGAUAAAUAUGCUUGUUGGUUUAUAACACAAUUAUGGAAAAAUGCUCAAACAAUUGAACAAAAACUUCAAAUGGUUAAAAAUAUGUCAAAUGAUUUACAAUUACUUCGUUCACAUAUAUAUGCAAAAUAUAUAACAUAUGAAAUGAAUUUAACAGCAUAUUGUUCAAGACCAGAACAAUGGAAACGAAAUAUUGAAAUAACAAUUAAAAAACAUGCUUUACUUGAUGAUUUAGAUGAUAAUAAGAAUAAGAAAAAGAAAAAAAAAAAACUAUAA